AUGAGGCCAGGGGAGAGGGGACGGCAGCCCCAGACCGAGCGAGGGUCGGGGGGAGGGCCGUCGCCCUCUGCGGAGGCGGGAGCUUCACAGAGCAGAUGCCGGAGGGUGCCCGGGUGCGCCUCUGGAGAGCGCGCGCCUGGACCCGACCAAGACGGGAAAGAAAAGCACUCACGGUCCCAGGGGCUCCUGGAAUUCCUGGGAGUCGUUUUCGGACCACCCGGGUCUGCGGGACACUCAGCGCCCACGCCCCCGGAGUCAGCUCUGCCUGAGGCGCCGGCGGCGCAGCGCGCGGUCACCCAGAGAAGGAGCCGCCCGGGGAAAUCCAAGGGAGACCCCCGGCUGCCGCUUCGCUGGGCCGCGCGGGAUACCCGGGCUGCGGGCCGGCAUGGCACAGCCCCGCGCAGCCCAGGGCCAGCAGCACCAGCGCCCAGCGCCAGGGCGCGCGGGGCCAGGGCUGUGUCGGCUGCCACAUCCUGCGCGCAGCGGGCGCUUCCCGCCUGCCCGGGUCCGGAGCGCGGCGGAUCGGGGCACCGGCCACAAGGCUGCUGGCGGCCAGGGCGCCGCCCGCGAAGGCAGAAGGCUCGGGCGCUUCGCGGCGCUCCAACCCGCGCUCUGCGGCCGCCCCCUCCGGCUUCUCGUUCCUACUUCUCCUUUUCCAGCCCCGUGCGCCCUGCGCUUCUCCUCGGUCCCUCAAUGACGCACAGGUCCCCCCGGGUGCCGCCCUCUUUAUUUCACUUCCCUCUCCGAAACGUGACUCUCCCUCCACCACGUCUCCCUGUCUCCAGUCCCUUCGCUUCUCGGCAGGGGGCUUGGGGUGGAAGAACUAAAGGGUUUGGGAUAAGGGUCUAUGUUACAGAAUUUCCAAUUACUCAUUCCUUUGGUCUCUUCCCAGAUGCCGAGCAACUCCGCCUCCCACCUUCCAACAGGCGCGCUCCCGGCCCCUCGGGACGCGGCCGCCGUCGGCGAGUCUGGCUGUCCUCGCGUCGUGCCUGGGAAUCAUCUACAGUUUCCGAGUCCACGUGGGGGGCGGCAGGACAGGACAAGUCACAGCCCCACCAAUUCCCAGUGGCUGCUGCAGCUCGGCGUCCAGCUCUACAAUUCUUGAAAGAUGAAAGAAAGAGAAGUCCCUAAGCAGAAACUACAAGGGCCAAGCAGAAGAUUAUACCAUGUGAGGACAUCAUCUGUCCCUGCACUCUAAACGGAAGAUCAUGCAAAUAGUGGACUGAAGUCAUCCCAGCCUUCAAAAGAGCCACCGUCGGGGGGGAAAUAACAGAAAGGGAUAAAAAGCUGUCUUUCGUAACCCAAUCUGUAUCUUUCUGUGUGACUUCCCUAUCCUGCCUGUCCUAACGCCCUCUCAGCCGUAAACACUCAUAGAGUAGAAACAGAGCAUAGAAAUGAAGAAGAGGAAGAGAGGGAAAAAAUGGAGGAAACGCACAAGUUGUGUGUGUCUACAACUAGCAGAGAACAACUCCAACGUGUCUCUGAUACAGCUGGAGGAAGGGAUGCAACAAACUCAGGAACCAAAAUGCCUUGCACAAGAAACAAGACAGAGGGAAGCUUCUGGAGGAUAGAGAGC